ACUGAAAUGCACCAAAAAACAAAUAAAUUUAAUUGAAACGUGUAAUUUAUGCGCGCAAUGUCGUUAUUAAUAACAAAACUGAAAUAACAAAUUAAAAAUCAAAAUAACAAAACCAAAAAAAUUAUUUACACAAAGCGAAAUUUGGAGUCUUGCAAAGACUACAAUCAACCAAAGUUUACGUCCAUCAACUACUAACUGAAACCACCUAAAUUAAAUUACAAAAAUAAACAAAAAAUAACAAAAAAAAACAGUCUUCAAAAUGUUGGCCAUGUCACAAGGUUUCUUCGACAAUCCAUAUGCUCAAAUACGUGCGCCGACAGUGGCAAUGCGUCCACCACGCGGUGACAGUCCGAUCAACAGCGCUGCAGCGCUCGAUUUGCAGACGUCGAGCCGAUCACAGGUGCCGCCACCGCCACCACCGCCGCCGAGGUAAGGUUACGCCAAACAACGGCGAAAAAAACAAUAAAAAAAAAACCAUUAAAAGAAGGAAAGAUUUAAACAAAACACAGAAAGAAUAAAAACAAGGCGGCAACUAAGCAUAAACAAGCCGUAAAUAUUUAUUUUGCACAUAAAAAAAAAAAUCUUCAGUAUCUCCACCGAAGCAUAUCUGCAAUCAACAUAACAAAUCAAAAGAAAAUUUUGGAAAUUUGCAACAAUCAACAUUUGCAUAAGUGAAAACCUCUUAACAAGAAUUUUUUCGCAACCAAAUUGAACGUAAUAAAAAA